AUGUCUAGAAGUCGUGAAUCAUCGAAAAAUGAUUUUGAUAGUACUCCCGGGAAACGAUUUGAAUUAAAUCUUGAAAAUUCCCACGAUACCGAACAUGUUCCGGUAAUAAAAAAAGUUUUGGACUUACGUUCAUAUCAAACUGGAAUUGUGGGUAAAAUCACUGAAAAUUUGACUAAUGAAUCUGCUGUGACAGCUCCAAUGCCCACAAUUAUUUCAAAUAAUGGGUUUCCAAAGCCAGUUCAUCGAAAUGAAGAUACAAGAAUUUUUAAUAGUGAUUAUUUAGAUAUUGACCGUGAAAACAAUGAGAAAAUUGCAAAGAUGUCUGAAACUGAGAUUAAUGAGACUGUAGAAAUGUUACGCAAGUCUUUGAGUCCAGGUUUUAUAGAAAAACUCAUGAAGAAAAAAUCUCUACAUGUGCGAUUUGAAGAGAAGGUUCAAAGUAUGGAUACGGAAUUUGAUUAUAUUGAAGAUUAUUCUUCACUAGAUAAAAUGAAAGAAAAAUAUUUUCCUGACGUUCCUGCUGAACCCCAAAAGAUGGAAUGGAUGGGAAUUAAAUAUAAUAAUGAAUCAGAUCGAUCCAAUUUCGAAUCAAUUGGUAUUCCUUCGGAAUCACCGACAGCAUCCCUCAGAUUCGAUUUCAAUGGAAAUAUUGUAGAUAAGAAUUCUAAUAUUCCCUCUUAUUUGGGACUUCAUCAUCACGGAAAAGAUCCAGAUCAGGCUGGAUAUACAAUUUCAGAAUUACUUCACUUAACAAGAAGCACCGUUCCAAGUCAAAAAAUUAUUCCUCUAAAUAUUUUAGGACGUAUUGUUAAAAAGGUUCGUAAAGGUGUUUAUGGUAAAGAAAAUAAUGAAGGAAUUGCGGAAUACAUAAUGAGAAUGAAAUUACCAGUUUAUUUGAGAUCUGCAUUGGAUGACAGUUUUGAAUCAGUAAUUGUUGCUGCUAUAGAUGCAAUCGCUGCUUUGACUAUUGGAGGUUCGGAAGGGUUUAAUGAGGAGGAAGAAUAUUGGGAGAAUUUAUUCAAGUUAUAUCGUGGAUAUGAAGUGGUUGCUCUUAAGAUGAAUCCCGAUAAUCCAAUAGAAACUCAUUUUGGAAUGGAUAUUUCAUCAAAUGAUUUCAACGAAGAAUCUUUAGAUACAAUAGAGGGUCAUAACAAACUUGCCUCAAAAGAUUUAGUUGCAGGGUUCAUUUCAAUGGACAUUACACAUCGAUUUCGUUAUUUAUUACAAGUUUAUGAAUUACCUCCGAUCGCGAAUGAACAAAUUCUUCUUACGCUCGUUUAUUUUGCCCGUCAUUCACAUAAAUCUGCAAAAAUCAUUUAUGACUGUCCUCGGCUGUUGGACAUUAUACAUGAAAAAUUUAUAUCAUUGCCUUGGCCAAUAUUACGCACAGAAAAUAAUUCAUCCACAUUAAAAUUUCCCAGUUUGGCCGCUGCAAAACUAAUUCGUACAUUAUGUCAAACUUCAAAGAAAAUUAGUGAUGAAAUGAUAACCAAAUAUAUUGACUCAUUCCUUAGAUAUAUUGUAAUUAAUCCAGCUUCCCUAUCGGAAAAAUCGGAAAUGAUUAUAGGUUAUGAAAUUCUUAAGGAAACUUUACGAAUUUAUCAUACUCUCGCUGCAUAUGGAUUAUAUCAAACUCAUAAUAUUCAAGAGCCAGAGGCACAACCAAGUGAUUUUAUUAAAGAUUCCAUUGAUUUUCUUGCAAGAUGGAUAUCAUCGUUUCCAAUCAAUCUUACUUCAAAAAAUAUAACGGAAGAAUAUGUAAUGACAGCGUUAAAUCUAAUAUCAAGUAUUACAAGAUUCAUCUCUUCUUGGUGUAAAUAUUUAAAAGAUAAUUCUCUAAAGGAUAUUAGUGAAAUUCAAAGACUUUGGAAAAUAUUAAAUAUGGAACAUUGGCAUUCUUCUAAUCUUUGUAUUUUUUUGCAAAAUCAAUUGACAAACUUUACAAAUGAAGUAAUUCAAAAGAACAAUAUUUGGAAGAUAACAAAUUUUUCAGGAGCUGAUUCAUCAGAAGUUGUAAAGUCAAGUUUCUCGAUAGAAAUUUUACAAUUAUAUAUCAUAAAAAAUCCCGUAAAAGCAAAUUGGUUUGCUUUCUUUGAUAGAACCCGUAUUUAUUUGCUAUAUGAAUGGGUAAAUACAUUUAAAUUUUUAAUCCGUAAUUCCUCUUCCUUAGUACUUCUGAAAGCAGAAUUUAUAUCCGUUUGUAAUAUAUUGCCCGGAGAUGAAUCAAUGGCUUUAGAUAUAAUUAAAUCCAUAUUAAUGAUAUGUCCAAAAGCAUCGGAUGUUCUAGAACCAUUUUACAAACAUUUGAUAAAAAUAGAAAAAAUGAAAAUUCCCGAUAAACAAGAGACGUAUUCAUUUUCAGGAUCUCAAAAUGAUAAAAUUGAUAAAACUUUAAUGUGGGAUUAUAGCAAUGAUUUAACUGGUUUACCUUUAUCAAGAGGAUGGAUAUGGUCACCUAUAGACAUUUUAUUUAUUAAUAAGUUUAAAUCAGGGAUGGAUCAAGAAAGAAAAGUCGAAAUCAUUUAUAAUUGCUUAAUUUUUGCAUGGGAUUCAAUACAAAUCUGUAAUGAUUCAAUGAAUCCAACUUUUGUUAAGUAUAUCAUGGAUCCUGCAAUAACAAUAAUAUCCAUCAUGAAAAUCUUCAUGUUAGAAGGUGAAUUAUAUAAUGUUCCUGAAAAUAAAAUAUUGAUUGAAAAAAUUCUUUCACAAUUUACUUUUAGCCAAUUAAAUAUUAAUUCAAUAUUAAUGGAUGGUGUUAUUGAACAAAAAUCACUAGAAUUGGUUGCAAAGGAGGUUCUUAAAAUACCGUUUUAUCAAUUUUUCUCUGAUUUCAUAGGGGUCUACAUUGCUGAAUCAGCUGGAAACAAAUCUUUUGUUCAAUUGACUAUAAUGCCUUUAUCAUCCCUUUAUCCUGCUGAUUUCAAGCUUCUUGUUUGGAGUGAUUUACACAAUGUUUUAGGUACAAUUAACAUUGGAUAUGAAGAUGUGUUAUGCAUUAAUUCCACAUUGAAUUCAUACUUUUGGCCUAUAGAGUCAAAUACAGCAAUAUUACAAUCUUUUGUAAACUCUAUUCUUUAUAACAAAGUAACAAGGAAGAAAACUCCUUUUCUGUAUUGGAUGGUUAUACAUCAUUUAAAUGGGUUUGUUUUUUGGACCAAGUCCAAGGAAUCAGAUAAUUCCAAAAAUAAAGAUAACACAUAUAAAAAAAGGGUUGAAAUAUCAAAAGCAAUUAUCAAAAGUGCAAAGGAAGAAAUUAUUAUUGAUUGGUUGAAAUAUACUUCAAAAAAUUUUGGAAAAGAUUUAAAUAAUUUAAUUAUGUUUCCAGAAUGUUUUGUGGAGAUUAAUAAUUUAAUAAUUGGUGAAAGAGUAAAUCAAUUAAAAUUCUUUGGAUUGGAUUUAAGAGAGGAUAUUAUUGAUAUUUAA